CCACAUUUAGAACUUAAAAUCCACACCCAAUAAGAGUAUAAAUGUAGCAUCAUCCAAUACUCACCACAACACAACAAACAUUGUUUGUUACUAACAUAUUAUAACUUCCCUUUCAAGACUAAUCCUCUUUUACUAACUUUCAUUCUUUCUCUCUCUCUCUCCAAUUCCUUUUUUUUCUCACUAACCCAUUUUUUCACACACCCUUUUGCAUAAAUCCAAAAACUCACACACCCUUUUGCCCAUACUUCACCUUUCUCUCUCUUUGAAUCCACUUUGUGACUGUGAUGAUCAUAAAGUUAUCAUCUUUUUGAGUUAUGGGUUCUUGUUCUUCAAUUCAGAGAAAACCCAACACAGAUAACAAUAACAUGAAGGUGAAAGUUUCAUUUUUUGGAUCCAAAACUGAGAAACUUGUCGUUCCUUCAUCACCCAUUAAGGAACAAACAAAAAAUGGUGACUUUAUGUUGUCGCCUUCUAAGUCAACGACCAAUUUCAUUAACUAUGGUAGUAGUAAAGAGGAAGCAUUUUUUGAUUCCAAACCUUGGAUGGAUUCAGAUUGUGAAGAUGAUUUCUAUAGUGUCAAUGGUGACUUUACACCGUCUCGUGGUAAUACUCCAAUUCACCACGCUUUUGCGACCCUUGACGUGAACAAAACCCUGUCUCAAAAUAGAGUUUCACCUUCUCCAUCCGAAUCAUCGCCCGAAAAGAAAAAGAAACUUUUGGAGCUUUUCAAAGAUAGUGUGAAAGAUAACCAAGGUGAUGAUAGUAAAGAAAAGAGACAAGUGAAAUCAACUAUACAAGAUGUUCUUCCUAAGUCUUCACAAUCAACUCCUUAUUGCUCAAGAGCUAACUCUGCUAGCAGUAGUGAAAGAAUCACGAGUGAUGAUCGUGUAUCGGGUAAAGAGAAAUCGCAUAAGUCUUCGUUGUUUUGUAUUCCGAGUUUGACUUCGUGUCGUAGCUCUAGGGAGAGAAGGAGGAAGACAAGUCCUGCAAUUGCAGUUGAGGGCAAACAAUGAGUUAUAUUGCAAUGUGUUUGAACUGAAUUACCAUGUUUGUUUGGUUUUGGUUUUUUUGAGGUAAAGUGGUUGAACUCAAUUUGAUAAUGUACAUCAAUAUCCAUACUUAAGCAUAAGGUUUAUGAAUUUGAAAGCAUGUAAACAUAAACGGAAGAGAUAUUUUAUAUCAAUAUGUUAUAUGAAAUUAUUUGUUACGGUUAGAA